UGUUCCGCAUAUGGACUCCUUAUGCGUAUCGAUGAUGAGAUCCCAUUGCCUUGUAAUCCUUAGUCUCAUCUUUCCUAUCCAUUCCCAAGCCCUUACAAAAAAUGAUGAAGUUUCUGCUGUGGAAACACUUGGAGGAAAUCAGGAGUUGCACAUAGGUCCCAAUGUGGAAAACAUCAAGCCCCAGAAGAAUGAUAAUUCCCUUCAUGACACUGAGAAUGGAUUAGCAUUUACUAACCUCGGAUCAUGGAAGGGUCGUCGCAGGCAUCACUUCAGGAAUGCUCAUGGGAUUCUAAACAUAAUGGGAUGGGGAGCUUUGUUGCCCUUUGGAGUGAUAGUUGCAAGAUACUUCAGGCGAGUUCCGCUGAAAUGCGAUGAAUGGUACAAUCUGCAUAUACUGUGUCAAACUUCAGGUUACAUUCUUGGAGCAAUUGGAUGGGGUAUUGGGUUGUGGAUGGGGAGUUCUUCCAAGCAACACCCUUUAAAAACACACAGAAAUCUUGGCAUCAUUAUAUUCACGUUUGCAACAGUACAAAUGCUGGCCAUUUGCUUGCAACCAAAGAGAGAAGAUGAUCAUCGCAGAUGCUGGGAGAUAUACCAUCAAGUUUUGGGGUAUGCACUGCUUGCUAUGAUUAUAGCAAACAUAUUUCAAGGGAUUCAUAAUCAAGCCCAUGCUGAGAAGUGGAAAUGGUUGUACGUGGGAGUUCUUGUAAUUUUAGCUUUUAUUGCUAUUUCAUUAGAAAUUUUCAGAUGGGUGAAGCCAAGAAUUCACAUGAAUUUUUAAGUGUAUC